GUAGCUGCCUCACACACACCACUCCUGCCCCAGGGGAGACUGUAGUGUACUCUGUCCAGGGCUCUCUGGGAGCUCUCUGGGAGAGAGAAUCUGUACCAACCCAAGUAUGGCCCACUCUGCAGCAGGCCUACAGACCACAUUUGAGGAUGAGUGUCCCAUCUGUAUGAGCACCUUGACGGACCCACAUCACCCUGCUGCCUGUUCUCAUGUGUGAGUAACCUCCUUUUUAUUGUCAUAUUAUCUAGUGUUAUAGCACAGCUUGUAGCCUAAUCUGUAACGUAAUUUGUAGCCUGGUCUUUCUGUUUAAAUUGAGUAUUUGAGUAUUGAGUAAUUGAAGUAGGUUCACUUUUACACAGAAGCUACACUGUAGCAGUGAGCUGUGAGCUCCCAGAGCUGAUGGCUAUAACUGUCUCUAACCCCAAAUAGGUCAUUCUCCCUAAUAUAAUUAAUUCAGUGUCUGAACUCUCUCAAAUACGUUUUCUAUGAAUUCUCUAUUUUUGUCAAUAAAGACCAUCAGCACAGUGCAAAGACAAUAGUAUCUGUGUACAAACUUAACAUUGAUGUUUCUUGAGUAAUAUGAUAAACUACUGAGAUGAGCUUGACAUCAAAUUGUUUGUAAAGUAGACUACAGUUUAUUUUAUGGAUGCCUUGUCAAAGAUGAUAUGCUAUGAUUUGACGAAUGACUUUAUACUCUAAGUAAUGAACAGGUUCUUUACUUCCUCCACACCUUCCACUGCUGGUAAAUAACAAUAACAAGUUGCCAACUUUUGGCGAAAGUGAUAGUGUGUCUUUACAUGAGGGGAAUCUUCCCUCACACCACAGAAAAAUCCCCUGACUGUACCAAAUAUUAUACUUAUAUGGCAAUUCCUCUUCUGAGAGAGGUAGCCUAUCAAAAUGUGGAUGAGAGUACUUUAGCCUUUUCCUUUCAAUGUUAUGAUCACUGUAGUCUGGAUUUAUGACAUAGCUGCAGUGUUAGGAAAUAGGUUCUUGUAGGUUUGAUUCUUCCUGUAAGUGUAUACUUCAUGACUGAAGAAUGUGCCCACUGUAUCAGUGGACCAUUACCACAAUGAUGCAUGUUGCUUAUGCAUUUAACUGAAUGAUGCACUGUGUGUGUGUGUGUGUUGCAGGUUCUGCCGACUAUGUCUGACGUGUUCUUUAAAGUGGUUACCCCACUGCCCUGUGUGCAGAGCUAAGGCGCGGGUUGAUGACAUAAUGCCUGCUGGUGCCACUGAUGUCACUUUCAGAGUCCAGACGAGGACCACAGUCGUCAGGUUGGGUCAACCUCUCCCUGGCUUGUUGGGGCUUUCCACCCCAGCAACUAGACCUGUGACAGGGGAUAUCCAGAGGUGAGUGAGUGACUGGUCUAGACACAGCCAAACCCACAGAGCCAAAUACAGCAGAACCAUGUAGAGUCCCUUGGAGUACAUUAUGUUUCUAAACCACAGGAGGCUGCU